GACUCACGUCUACUCUACUCUAUCACUGUUGUUCGCGCUCACAUAACCUACACAUUAUCCCAAGCGGUCUGUGUUCUUUCUUUUACUGGGCACGCAAGAAAUUCGGAAUGGGUGCAUACAAAUAUAUGCAAGAGCUUUACCGCAAGAAGCAGAGCGAUGUGCUCCGUUUCUUGCUGCGUAUCAGAUGCUGGCAAUAUCGCCAGUUGACUAAGUUACACAGAGCACCCAGACCAUCUCGUCCUGACAAAGCACGCCGUUUGGGAUACAAAGCUAAGCAAGGAUUCGUCAUAUUCAGAAUCCGUGUUCGUCGUGGUGGUCGUAAACGACCUGUUCCCAAGGGUGCUACUUAUGGCAAACCAAAGAGCCAUGGUGUCAAUCAGCUGAAGCCUACCAGAAAACUGCAAUCUGUUGCUGAAGAACGUGUGGGAAGACGUUGCGGUGGACUCAGAGUAUUGAACAGCUACUGGGUAGCUCAAGAUUCCUCAUACAAAUACUAUGAAGUAAUUCUUGUUGACCCAGCACACAAGGCAAUUCGAAAUGAUCCCAAGGUUAAUUGGGUUUGCAAUGCUGUUCACAAACACCGUGAACUUCGCGGCAAGACCUCGGCUGGCAGGAGUUCUCGUGGCCUCGGCAAAGGACACAGAUUCUCACAGACCACUGGAGGAUCACGCCAUGCAGCUUGGUUACGCAGAAACGCCCUGUCACUUCGCAGGAAGCGUUAAUCUGUCUUAUAAGCCGUGGAAUUUAUACUAUCUAUUCAAUAAAAUCAUUUUAUUUCAAAA